AUGGUGGAAGUUGUUGGGAAGCGAAGCAAGAAGGUACCGGUUCUGCUUACACCAGAUGUUAAAGCUGCAAUAAUUACUCUGACGAGGACAUGUAAAGAGGGGAAUGUGAACAACGCCAACCCCUUCGUGUUUGCCUUAAACAACGGGCAGUCAGUCAAUCCACUAAGAGGCAAUGAUGCGCUACGUAAGGUGUCCAGCAUGGUUGACCUGCAGCUUCCUGACGCUAUCACAUCAACCAAUCUGCAAAAGUAUGUUGCAACUAUCUCUCAGUUAGUGGACAUGGAUAAGAACGAGAUGGAGUGGUUGGUCAAUCAUCUUGGCCACAAUGUAAACAUACAUAAAAAUUUCUACAGGAUGCAAUCAAGCACGCUAGAGAUGGCAGUCAUUGGCAACCUUUUAAUAGCGGUUGACAAAGGAAGAGCCCACAAUUUUAGAGGAAAAAACCUGCGGGACAUUACCCUUCAACGUAUAUCAUCAAAACGAUGAGCAUAAUAAGUAAAUGACAUAUUUAAUGGCACAGGGAGAGAACUGAUAAUAGCUCUAUGACCCUUCGGCUGGGAUAAAAUCCAGGCCUAUAUAUAAUAUUUUUAUAAAUAUGUACAGGGUGCAUAAAAGUAGAUUAAUCCAACUUUAGCAUCAGUUUACAAUUAUAGCUUUUGAAUGGCACCCAUUUUGUACCAUUCCAAGGAAAAAAUGUGAGCGCUAGCCCGAUUAAAAACUGCUAAUUUUUCAGAUUGUUCCACAUUUGUGAAUAAUGAAAGUAGUGUACAUAGGAAAAGAAAAAUGCUCCCAAGCACACUGUUAAAAGGUAAUUCGGAGUAUUGUAUUAUGUCUUCCUCUCCUGUCAGUUGCAUAGGUGCAUGCACCGCUAUUCCGAAACGACUCCCUACUUGGGAAGGAUCAGAUUAUUGGUUAGUAUUUGGAUUGUGGUCAAAAUGUACAGUCUCGAAAUAUCAGUUGCAUUUUUUAUGCCAUUCCUUACUUAUUUCCAUGCCAUUCGUAUUUCCAAUUCUUAUUUCCAAUUCUUAUGGCCAUUCUGCCUUUUACAUUCACAAAAAAAAACUUUUCAAUAAUCUUGCUUUGUUAUUUUUCUUUGGCUGCAGUGCAUGUUGUUUUAAAAAAGUAAUAAUCAUGAUUUUGAAUUGCCCUCCCGCAUAUAGUAAACUCAGGAUCGCCAUAAUUGUAUGGAAUCUGCCCCUGAAUGGCACAAUUUGAGCAGCUCUUGACUUUGAAACAAACUUCUCAGUUGUCCGAUAUUUCACUUUUUACAGAUUUUGACGAUAUUGCACCUGAAGAUUCUGAUUCCGAAGACGACGGGCAGCAAGAUAAAG